CAAAACCAGCGGGGAGGGAACCUGAUGAGAAAAGGGAUAGAACGGAGGAGAGCAGGGGUGGAGUGGGGGAAAGAAAACCCAGCCCCUCUUACACCACCCCGACUCUUUGGCAAUUCAGCGUCAGCAAAAACCCUAAUGUGAUCAAGAUGGAAGUUGUCUUUGGACUUUUCACUGCUCCCCGGCUUUCUUCCGACAGUUUUACGGCGAAGAUCCUGACUGGAGUCCAGAAAAUGGCUUGCAGGAACUAAGACUAAGGAUUGCUUACAGACUUUCACGGAUGUCAAGUCACUUGAAAAGAGAUGGAUUCAUAUUUCCCAAACAACUACGCAUUGCUUUCAGUAGAUGAAUGAAAAGGCAACUUGCACUACAUUUCUGGAUAACUGCACUCAAAGCAAUUUCUGGAUCUAUAACAUAUUUGUUGGAUUAUCACCCGGUGUUUAAUCACUGAAUAUACAGCUACCGGAUUAUAUCGUAAAACACUGUGUCAUCACUGGAGAAUUUACAAGAACUAAACAUUCUUACUCCAGCAUAAAGGAAUUGUAUUGAAGUGUCAGCGUUGCUGUCGGUUUGUUGGGCAAAUAGAAGGAGCAACUGCUUUGGGGCACUUUUUGUAACCCCUCUUUACUUAAUUUAUAACCAGGAGCAGGUUCAUGCCGGAAGGUGAAGAUGGCAGUUGGUACCAUCCGGUUCUUGUCCUGAGGAAACAAAAGAAUAUCUGGUUCUUCAUUUCUGCCUGCUGUCAAAAGCAGCUCUAUGGGAUAGCACUGGCUGUCCACCAUGCCAGUAGCCAUACGGAAAAGAAGUUGGGAGGAGCAGGUGACUCAUGCUUCUGGAUUACAGUACAGCUAUGAUGAUCUGGACCUGGUCUGCCGCCAUGGGGUGGACAGCGAUGGGCCUUGGAUGGGAGCAGGGUCUUCCAAACAAGGUCGACGGACGAGGUGUGCCUCCAUGCCAGAGGGCUGCCACCAACUGCCCACACAGGACCUGGCUCAGACACUUAAGGGGCCAGCCUCUGUUGUGUAUGAUAAUACUGCAUCAGAACAGUUGAAGCUGAUGGACAGUGAUGUAAAAGUUCCAAUGGAUUUGCAGGAGUCAGUUCAUGGCCCUGGUGAGCUGGUGGACGUUGAUAUUCCCCAAAGGGCCUCUGAAUCAGAGCAUCUCCAUAUCGCAAACAUUGGGAAGUCUGGAGAAUUUCAACGUGACUCAGAGAGUGGGACAUCCAGGGAAAAUAUUUCUUGUGCAACUGGUAGCAGCAGUCACACUAAGAACACUAUCAGUGGUGAAAAUGGCACAGAGAGUAGUCAGAGUCACAACAUCUGCAAUGACGAUAAUGUCUUUAAAAGUCCACAUAUCUCACGUGAAGGGCAACAAUGCAUCUUUAUCUCUUCAAACAAUGGGCCUCUACUGUCUAGAUCUGCUGGUGAACCGCUUGGCAAACUUCCAAAUCAUCAGGAAACAAAGGAGAGCCAUACAGAGGGUUACAGCAGACCUCCUGAAAUCUCUGAGGCCGCACUAAACCAGUUCUCUGCUGCUGAACUGGAACCUCAAACUGACCUUCCAGAUGUAGAGGAAGAGAAGAUUUCCACUUUUGGCCAUGCUGAUGCAAGUGUAACCUUACCUGUUGGUGUGAUUUACAGUUCAGUUAAUAUGAUGGAGAGUGGUGAUGUGAUGUCACAGGCUAACACAACUGUGGAACCAGUUGUGACUUUAGUGGUAGAGGAAGUAUGUGACAAAGGAGUAACUGAAAACCGGAGCGCAGAGGUGGCUGUCAAGCUGGAUGGAUUAAAUGACCCAGAAACUCUAAAUGAAAAUACAGGACUUCACUCAAGAGACACACAAGGACUAGUGCAGGAUCGUCACGACUGUACUGGUGUUUUGGAUCAGGCUCAUGGUUGUGAAAUAUCCCACCAGACAUUGUUGGAACUGCGUAAUGUUGAAAUGACAGCGAUGAACGGGCCUCAGGGAGAGGAAAGUGCACAAGCAGAAAGCAGCGAGAAAGCAGCAGCAGAGGUCAGGUAUGAGCCAAUCACAUCAUCUGAUAUAUCUUUCAAUGGUCAGUGUUGGUCUAUGACAGCUAACAGCAACGUGUCAUCUGAAGAACUGGAUACUGGAUAUUCAGAAGAAAACUACACACAGACAAACAUUACUCAGUGUGCAGACCGGUAUGUGGAAACGACGACCUCCGUUAGUCAACCGAUGGAAAACACUGAUGUCGGCUCUGUGUCCAAAGAGUUGGCUUGUUGUGACGAUGAAACCAUAGCACUGCAGUUGGAAAAUAGCUGUUCAAAACUGGAUACUAUCCCAGAAGUGUGCCACGUUGAGCCACAUGACACCCCUGUACUGGAUCCUCAAAAGAACAUUGCCUCAGAUUUCAACCAAAAUCCACAUGUCCAGCAGUCCCAUAUGGAUGUUAAACAUGCAGGCUCUGAACAGCACACUGAAAACCUGCCACCAUGCCCUGCAGAGGUCAACGAAGAGCUCUCACCGGAGGGACUCCAUGGCAACCAAGCCCUUGGUUGUUACCUCAGUGAGUCACCUGCCCCUGAGGUGGCAGAUGGUCAGAGGGAACACCAGAGGCCAGGAGCCACAGUCUCUAGAAUGGAGGAGCCAGAAGAGGCCGCACACACCGCUAUUUACAGUGACAAACAACUUACCAGUCCGGUUUUAGAUGGAACAAAUGAACCUGGAGAUCCAAAAGAGGACAGCGUGGUCCAAGUGCGAAUGAGAAAGGUAAGGCUAUAUUUGAUAUCGAUGCAGUGGAUCACAAUUGAUAUUUAAAUACAUCUUGUCUUUUGUUUCUGCGUAAUAAUUGCGAUUCUGGCACUUUAACACCUCGAAAUUAAGUUCCUUUUAUUUAUUUUUUUAUUAAAUGAACUGACACUUACUGGGCAUUCGUGGACUACAAAUUAUGUUUGUCCCACACUCUGGCAAUCGUCUCGGAAAACAAUGACUUCAUUCUUACAUGCUUACAGAUCGGUGAGUGGGGGGGGGGAGGAUCUGUGAAAUGUUUUACUCUUUCUCAACGGCUCAUUGCAAAACAAGGUCCUAUAAGGGCAUGGAGACCAUGAACACAGAAGGAGCUGGAGGCUCAUGUAAAAGGCUUAAACUGCACUCUCCAGAAAAUACUGUAUGUUGUUCUCUUUACAGACUCAUUACACACUGCUAGCGGGUGUGCUUGUGGGUACAGUUCAGUGUCAAAAACCUAGAAUAAGCAGUCCAUGGAGUUGGGCUGAUUGGAACAAAGCAAUGAUCCGGGAAUGGACACAGUAUUUAUUCAUUGUUAGUAGUUGCAGUGUUUGCCUUUUUAGAAUGACAACAAGAAAUCCAUUAAUUACAAUGCAGAGCGCAUUAAGCAGGCAUGUUGUUUAGACAAGCACCAUAUUGUGGAAAGUCAGAUUCUUGUGAUAGGUUCUAGCUGAAGACGAUCACCCGCUUGUGAAAAUCCCAUGCAUGGGUUGUAUUCAAGUUUGUGUUUUUGUACAGGUUUAGUGUACUGCUUAUACAUUUUGCAUUUUGAAACGUUACAAAAACAUUUAUUUAACGGUUUAUAAAACACUGUAGUGUAGUUGUGAGGCCAUUAGAAGGACAUUUUUAAGUGUUAAGUGUUUUUUCAUUGUGUAUCAAGACUAUCUGUUGUUUUCUGAGGUUUAGGACUUGUUGUGAUAGGAUAUCAAGAACAUUGUGUUAUACUGAAGCGUGCAACGUGGCGGUUAAUAGUGGCUUGUUGGUCAGUGUGUGGGGUGUGGGAUGUUUUGAUUCCCAUGGUUUUGAACUUACUGCAAUAUACUUUCAAAGUAGUGUCUCUGUAUGUAUCCGCACAGAUAAUGUGGGAUGUCAUGUUGUUGCUUAUAAGACACUUCUACAGCCCCCUUUACAAAGUACAUAACAAAAAUAUUUUUCAAUUAAAAACGUGACAUGAGCUAUGAUGCUGAGUGAAGACCAGUUAGUGCUUUUCAUAUACUGAUGCGAGUUGAAUUGGGUAAUCACAGAUAUUUUUCUCUGCAUUAUUUCAACACAAAUUCCAUCCAUGUGUGCGAAACAAUAUUUGGAGGCCCUCUUAGUCAUGACCAGUGGUGAAGUCACUCCCAUCAGCUGCCAAAAACCAGAGAUGACAGUCCAGUGCAAGGACAUAGAAAACCAGUGCCGCAUUUAUCACCACUGGCUCCAAUUUUAAUCUUAGAAUGGCUUUCAACUUUUGGAUUUAAUAUCCGAGAAAAUCAAGUAGAGUUCAGCCAUUAAAUCGUAGGGCACCAAGGCAAUUCAUCCACAGGGUUUUCACCACGGGGUGUAUUUACAUACAGUAUGAAGCCAGUUUACUAAGAAAAUGUGCUUUUGGGAAGGUCAUGAGCACAGGAAAGAAAUAAAGUUGCACAAAUUAGCAUUAUCAUCUCCAAGGGAGGUAACAGACUGUAUUUUGCAUAAAGAAAAAAGGAGAAGAAGCUCUUGGAUAUCAUGAAGGAAAUUACAGAACUGAUGUUAUUAUCCGUUAGUGGACAAUGGCAACAGCAACCUGGAAUUAUCUCUGACAAGAUAUUGUACGAACAAAUGAUUAUGUCCCCAGUGAACCAUGUUGUUGUUGCACAUUCAGUUUGUAAAUUGAAGCCAUCUGGUUUGUAUAAUAGCUUCGGAUUAACCUGAUAUUGGGCUUUGUUACUGUGUUUAUUUGUUUUAGCAACAGGGCUUUAUCUUGACCCCAGGGCCAAACUGGCUCAACUGUCGUUUAUCUGACAGCAGACCUCUUGGCAACAUCAUCAUCUCAGUGCUCUCUCUGAUGAAUGAGGACUGAAAGGCAGAAAAAGAGACAAUCAACUGCUCAUGCUUAUAAUGUUUAUGAAUGAGAUACAUACAUGAAACAGUGUAUGCAUCAUCGUGUGCACACUAUGUUUAGCUCAGCAGAGAAAUUGACCCUUGAAUUUAAUGGACAGGUUUGACAAAUGGGAUGAGGGCCACAGGGUAGAAGAGGGGGUUUGAAAAAGAGAGCAAGGAAAGGGGAAGGAGGGGUCUAAGAGUUCAAACAGUGUGGGAACUGUCUCCCAUCUCAAAAAAACAGGAAGUCGAGAGGAAUGUAACAGAAACCUCAAAAGAUUGGAAAGAGAGAACAGCAACCUUCUGAGAACACCCAAACCACCAGAAUGCCCCCGAAAAAACGUUGCCUCUCUGAGGCGCCUGACAUCGCACUGCACUUGUUUUUUACUCUGCUGUUUUGUGGUUGUUAUUGCCAUCUCGAGCCAAAUGCUUUUGUUCAUUCAGUAAGGUCUCGUAAAGAUGUCAUUGUUUUACCACGAUACAAUGUUUCAUUGUGAAACUUUGCCAAGGACACAGAACGUAGCGAUGUGCACUGCCACUAGCUAGGAAUGCCAAUGAAUGCAUCAAUGCGAGACACAUUUCCAUGACACACAUGGCCCUCAAUGUCUAUUUGCUCUCUCGGCAAAUCCAAUAACAACGGCUUUUGACAGGCUAGUUGGGCACUAACUGGAAAAUAAAUGUAAGCGCAAGUCAUAAGACGUUUGGGGUGCGGAGCAGGGAGCCAGGCAGAGCUGGAGCUUGUUUACCGUGAUGCAGAUUCUAUAGGAUCCAUAAACCUGUCAACCUUGCACACAUUAGCAUUAGUCACAGCUCAUAUGAAUGUUGUCAUCUGAACACACCCAUUGUAAACUUAACUAAAACAAGAUCUAGCCACCGCACAGGAUAUGUUUAGUACUUAAUAACGAUAAGAUUUCUCUCUCAUUGAUCACACCUAAGAACAGACACGCAUGAAAUCCAGGCACACCUUCACACGGUAACUCGCCUCCAUACCUUUGCAACAUACAAUCAUAGUGGCUGUGUGUCCCAUGAGGUCACCCUCAUAAAGUGUUUAACAGGGUCUGUUAGUGGAGAUUGCGAUGAGGUUUGUAGGGACUAAUGAGCUAGCCGUGUGAUGUAAUUUCAUGGGGUUCUUCUCGGGAGAGAAGCUCAGACAGAGAGCCACACCCGGAGCCGGUAUAAAAGACGGGCGGAAGGAAAUGAAAAGCUAUGCUGUGUUAGGAAGUCCAGAAAUGUUUGAACUUCAGACAAGGGUUUAUUUUGCAUCAAACAAAACAGGAUUGAGGCAUAGCGAACAAGGACGGAGUGGUGGGUGGAGUGUGAAGGUGGUAUGGAUUGCAUGUUAUUUAGCUUGUCUUACUGACGAGACACCACCUGAGGUCAGUGUGAGGCUUGUUAUCACAGCGUGAGAACGGAUAGUUAAGCGCUGCAGAUGAGAGGACUAAAGGGAAAAUGUUAUAGCUCUUAUAGCUCUUAUGAUUAAAAAUG